CUCUGUAAGGCCGGCUUCGCUGGUGAUGAUGCUCCCAGGGCUGUUUUCCCAUCCAUCGUGGGACGUCCCAGACAUCAGGGAGUAAUGGUUGGAAUGGGCCAAAAAGACAGCUAUGUGGGGGAUGAAGCCCAGAGCAAGAGAGGGAUCCUGACGCUGAAGUAUCCGAUAGAACACGGCAUCAUCACCAACUGGGACGACAUGGAAAAGAUCUGGCACCACUCUUUCUAUAACGAGCUUCGUGUGGCCCCUGAAGAGCAUCCGACACUGCUGACAGAGGCACCACUGAACCCUAAGGCCAACCGGGAGAAAAUGACCCAGAUUAUGUUUGAGACCUUCAAUGUCCCCGCCAUGUAUGUGGCUAUUCAGGCUGUGCUGUCCCUCUAUGCCUCUGGACGUACAACUGGUAUUGUGCUGGACUCUGGAGAUGGUGUGACUCACAACGUGCCUAUCUAUGAGGGCUAUGCCCUGCCUCAUGCCAUCAUGCGUCUGGACUUGGCUGGCCGAGAUCUCACCGACUAC